ACGUGUGUGUGUGAGGACAAACAGCAGAGCGGCUCCACGGAACCUUCUCAGAACCUUCUCAGAACCCGGUUUGUAGCGCGUGCACAGCCCGGUGCUCCGGUGCCGCAGCGCGGUCCGCAAUGUUGGAACAACUGGGUUUGAUCGGGACGAUCCGGGACGAGGACCAGAGUCCGGAGGAGCCCAGCACCGAGUCCGAGCAGGAGGAGGAGCCCAUCAUCCUGAAGAGGAAGAAGUUCAGGAGUUUCAGGUCAAAAGAUUUUAACACUGACUUUGAGUUUGGAGAGCGAGACGGUCUGAGUCAGGACCAGGACUGGGUUCCAGCUGACGUCAUGAAACAGCUCAAGAACAAGAGAACUGUGACGACUCUGGACCAGAAAAUAGAGAAAAUCAGGAAGAAGAGGAAAGCUGAGGAGAAAUCACCUCAGACUGAUGAGGCUGAAGUUUCUGCAGGAAAGAACCAGGAGGAGGAGGAGGAGGAGGAUGUGAAGCCUGAGGAAGCAGCAGAAGCAGGUGGAGGUGAUGAAGAUGAGGAGGAGGAUGACGACGAAGAUGAGUUUGACUCGAGUGAUGAAGAGAUUCUGACCAAAUCAGACGUCCUGAGAGAGAAACAACGAGGGAGGAGGAGGAAGGCAGCAGAGGAGGAGGCUGCGGAGUCGUUCUAUGAAGACGCGUCUCAGUAUGACGAUCAGCUGACCUUUGAUGACAUGAACCUGUCCAGGCCCAUCCUGAAGGCCAUCACAGCUCUGGGCUUCAAGCAGCCGACGCCCAUCCAGAAGGCCUGCGUCCCCGUGGGCCUGCUGGGCAGAGACCUGUGCGCUUGUGCUGCUACUGGGACAGGGAAGACCGCAGCCUUCAUGCUGCCGGUGCUGGAGCGUUUGGUUUAUAAACCCAGGACGACCCAGGUGACCCGGGUCUUGGUUUUGGUUCCUACCAGGGAGUUGGGGAUCCAGGUCCACUCUGUGGCCCGUCAGCUCGCCCAGUUCACCUCCAUCACCACCUGUCUGGCUGUUGGUGGGUUGGACCUGAAGUCUCAGGAGGCAGCUUUGAGGGCGGGGCCAGACGUCCUGAUCGCUACGCCUGGCCGUCUGAUCGAUCACCUCCACAACACGCCGAGCUUUGAGCUCGCUCACAUUGAAAUCCUGAUCCUGGACGAGGCUGACAGGAUGUUGGACGAGUACUUCGAGGAACAGAUGAAGGAGAUCAUCAGGCUGUGUUCCUACAACCGACAGACCAUGUUGUUCUCCGCCACCAUGACAGACGAGGUGAAGGACCUGGCAGCAGUUUCGCUGAAGCAGCCAAUCAGGAUCUUCGUUAACAGCAACACCGACGUGGCUCCGUUCCUGCGACAAGAGUUUGUCAGAAUCCGACCAAGCAGGGAGGGAGACAGAGAGGCCAUCGUGGCAGCUCUGCUGACUCGGACGUUCCAGGAUCACGUGAUGUUGUUCACUCAGACGAGGAAACAGGCGCACAGACUGCACAUCCUGCUGGGUCUGAUGGGACUGAAGGUCGGAGAACUGCACGGAGAACUGAGCCAGAACCAGCGACUGGAGAACCUCAGACGUUUUAAAGAUGAGCAGAUCGACAUCUUGGUGGCGACGGAUGUAGCAGCCAGAGGUUUGGACAUCGACGGAGUGAAAACGGUUAUAAACUUCACCAUGCCGUCCACGAUCAAACAUUACGUCCACCGCGUCGGCCGGACGGCGAGAGCCGGACGCUCGGGACGUUCGGUGUCUCUGGUCGGAGAGUCUGAGAGGAAGAUCCUGAAGGACGUGGUGAAGUCUGCUAAGAAAGGCGUGAAGGCUCGAGUCCUGCCACCAGAGGUCGUCCUGAAGUUCAGAGAUCUGAUCACGAAACUGGAGAAAGAUGUUGAAGCUGUGAUGAAGCUGGAAAGAGAAGAGAGAGAGCUGGCUGCGUCUGAGGCCAAGCUGAGUGUGGCUCAGAAGCGUCUCGAUAGCUCCGCCUCUUCCUCUCAGUCACAGAGAGUUUGGUUUCAGACUCAGCAGGAGAGGAAACAGAGUCGCAUGUCGAAGGCUCUGCAGGAGUUUGAUCUCGCACUCAGAGGAAAGAAGAAGAGGGAGAAGUUCCUGAGGGACGGCAGGAAGAAGAAGGAGCUGACGUCUGAGGAGCGCGCUCAGUUCGAGAUCUUGAAGGCUCAAAUGUUUGCUGAGCGGGCGGCAAAGAGAGAGAGACGACCAAAGAGAGCGAGAGCGAUGCCUGAGGACGAGCUGCCAACGAAAAGCCAGAAACACGACGCAGCCAAUCAGAAAGCAGGAAAAGGAGGCAGGAAGUCGGUGUUUGACAAAGAGCUGACCAACACCAACAGCAAGGCUCUGAAACACUACAGAGCAGGGCCAUCCUUUGCUGACAGGAAGCGGCUUGGUUUGGACAGGAAGCGUCCUGGCGGCUCCAGGUUCAGGAAGAAGUGACAGCCAAGAUGGCCGCCCAGAGCCGCAGUCUUCUCCUUGGUGACUUUUCCACGUUGUGUCUUUGUGUUCACUGUGUAAAGUUUUUCCAUUUUUGCUCAUUAAAGAACUUUAUUUAAAACCUG